CUCGAUGACCAGUUGCAAAGAAUAAUGCGCAUACAUCCGUCAAAUUACUUGCGACAAAAUUUUUUGGGAGCUUGUACCAUAUAAGGACACUGAGUUGCUUGAACUGGGUCAGACAAUCAAAGGUAAACUUCCGAAAAAGGGAAAGAAGCUUGUCACUUUCUCUGUCAGUAUAAAUUACGCUUGUCCCCCGUAUCGCAACUCAUUCUCCAACCACUUCAAUCUCCAUCUAUCCUUCCCACCAAAACUCGAGCUCAUCGUCGACACCAUCUUCGACGAUGUCCACUGACACUGCUCCCUCCACCGUAUUCGAUGAGGCUCUGUCUCGUUCUCGACAGUCUGGAGCAGGUUCAUUAGCUUCCAUCUGGGCUCCUCAGCCACAGCCCUUGGAUACAACCUGGCCAAAGGCAUUGGACUCGUUUUCUCGAGCUGCUGAAUCCGAGACGCAAUUAGCUACUCGUCCUGAGCUUCAAAAUCACUCAGGCCCGAUGAUCACUCGUGAGGACGUAUUUGGUCCUUCACCACCUAAGGAUAUGCCUUCCGUCGGCGCAAUCGGGGAUGGCAGGAAGAAGGUAACUCCCGAUUUCGAACCCCAUACGCACGUUGAACAACUUCUACGGACUUUGGAUCUCAAUUCUCCAGACCCUUAUCAUCUCAAUCAAAAGCCUCCGCUCAAUCUCAGCUUCGAAACAUCUCCUGGCACUCCCGAUUUCUCUCCAGUGUCCAUCUCUUCUGCUCUCCUUACUCCAACCGACCUUUCUCCAACCAGGCCAUGCAGCGACAUCAACUUGAAGCAGCAGCUUCAGAUGCCGUAUGAGAUGAUGGCUGCCGGGACACGAGGACCUGCGUUUUUUACGCAUCCAGCCCUGCUUUUCGAGCCUGGAUCACCUACGCGUCUGAGCAACUCUCCGCCUUAUUUGUCUUCACAGGCCUCGAUCUCUACUGCAAAUUCCGGUGGCAAUAAUUAUUCUAUCAUCUCCAAUGCUUCGUCUUCUCCCAUCUUUAGAACUUACAAUCACGAGCAAUCUUCUCCCACUUCUCCCAGCCUUGGCUCGUAUCCUUCCUAUCCCACUGCUCCACAAGGCAAUUUUACCUCGAACCAUCAGCUAUAUGCUGCUCUCUCUGCACAGAAUCUUUCACAGACUAAUGUUGCUCAUCGCGCGGACGUUCAUGCUGCGACUGGAGCUCUCCGUAGCUCGAUCCAUGGCACCAUCGGAUCUAGUCUUUCGUCAGGAGACUGGCACAUUCCGCAACAAGUUCUUCCAGCUCAUCAACUUCUUUCGCAGUCUACUUGUAACCAGCCCCAACAAUUUCAGCAAUUGCCAUUGAACGGAGAAUGGCUUCGCACGGAGGAUGCUUCGUUGCUUGCUCAUAACAGUCUAGUUCCUUCUGCGCCUUCGAGCUGCCUAGGUUCUACUACUCCGAACGUAUUCGGCUUGGGUCUGACUUUAGACGCUACUCCGAACUACGUUAGCGGUGUUUCGAACGGUGGAAGUGGACUCGAAGAUUCUAUCCAUGCUCCUCCUUCCUUAAGGUCAAGCACCUCCUCAAGUGGCAUUUCUAGUCAGCUUCACCAGCAGUCCCAUGCACACGUCGACGAACGUCACCAUCGACACCAGUCUUCGACCGGAAACGCAGGCCACGUACGCGAGCCUUCUUCCCCCACCCAUGGCGCUCAUGAGCCUAUCAAUUUCCUUUCGCUGCUCCAUCCUUCUUCUUCUCCUCCGUAUCAUUCUUUUGUGUCUAGGAUCAUCAAGUCCUCUGACCAACAGAUAGUAGAUGCGAUAUGCGCGCGAGGAUUCGAAAUGAUGGCUCAUAGAUUCGGCAACUGGGCAGUUCAACGCUGCUUGGAGGCUGCUUUUACACCCGAGGAGAGGAAAAAGAUCGCUUCAUGCAUGAGAGGUCGCAUCGUUGAACUCGCCACUAACUGCUACGGUUGCCAUGUUCUUCAGAAAGCACUUGAUUGCGAAGAAGACAUCAGGCUUCUCAUCGUGUCCGAGUUGCUUCUGGGUGACCCGGCACAGACUCUAGUGAACAAGCAUGCUAGUCAUGUAUGGAGCAAGAUCAUGGAAUUGACUUGGACUCCUCCGGCUCCUCCCAUCUUCACGUAUGUCAAUAAGUCGCUGAAGGGUAAAUGGGCUGCUCUUGCCUGCCAUGAGACUGGAUCGUUGGUUGUUCAACAUGCUUUUGAAAAUCUCGAAGACAGUGCGAAGGAUGGCAUCAUUGAUGAAUUGCUCAAUCAAGGUCUCUCAGUUUUCAGUGAGGUUGCUAAGAAUCAAUGGGGUAGCUACUGUGUUCAGCACAUCCUGGAGCAUGGCUCUGAUAUGCACCGUCAACUUACUCUGGACCAUCUUAUCGCCGGAUUGUUGGAAUAUUCGACGAACGAGCAAGGCUACAAAUCAAUCACGAAGGCUUUGAAGGAGGGUGGCAAGGAGACGCUUGACAGAGUUGUCAAGCGCAUGUGCGAGCCCGCUAAGAGCUCUUCUCGCCGCGCAAUGGUCGUGGACCUCGCCCUUUCUGUUACCGGAAGUCAGUUGAUUGCCAGCGUUUUGCCCUCUGCUGAUAGGGAGCAACGAGCCCUUCUGUACGAUUGCAUCAGAGGACACAUCGUUACUCUGAGGGGAUGUAAGACGGGAUCCAAGGUUAUCUGGUUAUUUGAUCGAAUGCGUGCUUACUACGGAUAUUAAACUUACGCAUUCGACCGAAAUUUUGCUUUAUUCUCGGCAUUCUACUCUCGUUAUCGUCAUCGCAAGCAUCGAAAUCGCAUUCUCUUGACAUUAUCAUCAUCCUCACCAGCAAUCUUGCACUUAAUACAUCCAUCUCAUUCGACUCUCUGCACGAACCAACAAUCUUUUCACGACAUAACUCAUAAAUCUCAGGCUGCUGCUCGCCCAUACAGUGUACCGACCUCAGCUCCAGGUCAAAUCUUAUAUCAGGAAAUUCAGCUUAUGCAUAUCACACGGCAAUAAUUCAGCAUACCAUAAAAAGAACAUCAUACAUCCAUAUCGUAUCCUCGUAUCAAUCAACUACUCCUCGAACAAGCUUUGGUAGGCUCUCAACUGAG